UGCUUUUUAUGGCCAGGUGAAUUAUUUCUGACAGUAGUUUAUAAUAGUAUAUCUUCAUGCUGCCUUAGGCAAGAUUCGCUUCUAACAACAACGAUGUGUUAAUUAACAAUUUAAUGGGCCAUUGGUUGGUAAUACUCAAAAUUACAAUACACAUUACUUUAUCAACAGCUGAUUUGGAAGGGCAACUGUAUUUAUUACCUGAAUAAGUUGAUUGGAUGGUCUUUGAUGUUUUUCUUAAAGUAUGUGAAAGUGAAGCAGGCUUUCUGGCCAUACCUGGAAACAAGCUUAAUGAAUAAGAAGCUCAAUGGAAAUAAGCUUAAUAGUUUUUGUGGAAUAUCCUGUUCAAACUAGUCAACUUUAGGAUUUUUCUAUUUGGAUUUAAGUAUUAACUUCAUGAUAAUCUGGAAUAUUUCCCAUGUCAUCUGUAUGUCAAGACUAACAUAUGAUUGACAAAGUAAACUCCGACUAUGCCAUCACUAUGUCGCAUUGUGAUAAUAUACUGCAAAGGAUUAACAAUGAACUACCCGAUGAAUGGGAGGCAAAGUUGGUGGCAGAGCAGGGACGCAUUUAUUAUCUAAGUCAUAUAGGGAAAACCUCCUCGUGGGUACCUCCUACAGAGAGCUGGGACCCUGGUAGUUUGGGACUACCUCAUGGGUGGGAAUGUGCUGUGGACAAGAAUAACAAACCAUACUUCAUCAAUCAUCUUGACAAGUACACAACACGGGACGACCCGAGAGAUGACCCAGAUUACGUAGAGCCACCCAAACCUCGGGAGGUAGAAUUAGAUCGAGAUCCAUUGAAAGGAUUUGGUUUUGUUGCAGGGAGUGAAAGGCCAGUUGUAGUCAGAUUUGUUACUGAUGGUGGACCAAGUAUUGACAAACUGUUACCAGGGGACCAGAUCAUCAGAAUCAAUGGGGAAGAUGUAAAGAAAGCUCCAAGGGAAUAUGUUAUUGACUGUGUUCGAUCCUGUAAAGACAAAAUUUCUCUGACUGUUUGCCAGCCAUACACCGAUAAUUCCAUUAGGAAAUCUGCCUUGUUAACAGCUGCCAAAAAAGCAAAGUUGAAGAAUAACCCGUCACGAGUUCGGUUUGCCGAAUGUGUUACUGUGAACAUGGUCAAUGGCGGUUCACCGCCACAACAUCCGUCCCAUUUAGAGAGUUAUGUGCCUUUCAUGCCAAAUGUAUUGAAGGUGUUCCUGGAGAAUGGACAGACAAAAUCAUUCAAAUAUGACAACAAAACCACAGUAAAGGAUGUGGUAUAUUCGUUGCAAGAAAAGCUGAGUAUAAAGAAAAUCCAACAUUUUAACUUGGUGCUAUUAAACAUUAAAAGUCAUAUGCCAAAUCGUGUUACACUGCUUCAAGAACAUGAAACAUUAGCUGAGAUUGCAUCUAAACCUGGUGCUCGCCAUUUUCGUUGCCUAUUCCGUGUAAUGUUUGUCCCUUGUGACCCCUAUGACCUGCUGAAGGAAGACCCUGUAGCUUUUGAGUACUUCUAUCUUCAGUGUUGCAAUGAUGUUGUUAACGACAGAUUCCCUGAUCUGAAGGGCGAUACCAUUUUAAAACUGGCAGCUUUACAGAUCCAACAACAUGCCAUGUCAAGCAAUGCAUCUGGAAAAAUCAAUCUAAAAGCGAUUGAGAAAGAAUGUGGAUUAGAAAAAUUUGUACCUGUUUACGAGAGAUCAACUAUGAAGGGGAAAGAUUUAAGAAAAUUGCUGACUCAGCAGAUGAAGAUGAACCAAAAUCUUACAGCACCAGGACAGAAACAUUUAACAGCACUGCAAGCCAAACUACAUUACAUGAAAAUUGUCAGUGAACAGAAAACAUUCGGUAGUCGUGUGUUUAUGGUAACUCUGCUGGAUAAGAAGACAGAAGCUAUGGUACUUGUAGGACCAAAAGCUGGGAUAAGUCUGAUUACCAACAUAAAAAAUUACAGUCUGUCUUUGUUGGCUGAUUUUGAGAAGUUAAAGAAAAUGAAAGUAGCUAAAGAGAAAGAAAAUAUGCAAAAAGUGGAAAUUUCACUGAGUGGAGAUGAACAACAGACACUAAAUAUAGGACUGUUGAAGCAAGACACUCAGAACUUUGUCACAAUGGUGGAAGGCUACUACAGAAUAUUUGUGGACCCUCAGAAAAGUUUGUCAGAGAAACCUGCCAGCAAACAAACUGCUGAUCCUUUAGUACCAGUUUAUACCAGUAAGCAUCGUGUGAUAGCAGCUCCUUGGAGUUAUCCAGAAGAUAUUGUCUCUCAGGUGAUUGGUAUAGAAGACAGUGAAAUCCUAGAAAACCAGAGGGUUGUUGAUUGUAGAAGAGGGCCACCAAACUAUGAAGAAAGUCAAGAAUACAUUAAACAAAUAAAAGAAGAUUUGGGUAUCGAAGGAGAAAAUAAAGAAAAUGGUCCUAUGGAUACCGGAAUUAUCUCCCUUGUACAGGAUGACAGUGAUAAUAACAAUGUUCAGAAAGAUGAUAAACCUAAAAAUAAAAGUGUUAUAUUGAUUGGAAAGGAACCAGAUACAUUAAUACAGUACACAAAUAAAUUAAAACGUCCAGGGGAGGAAACUAGUCCAAAAGUCAGUGACAAAAUUCCGAAGAAAUCCGAUGAUUCAAUUGAUCAAGGUUAUCAGAAUGGAAGCAUGUUUGAGAUUUCUGAAAUUAAACCACCGAGUAGUGACGAACUUUCUGAUACCGACAGUGGUGUAGAAAGUGAAAAGAAGAUUGUGAUUGGAGAGUUAGGUCCCCCUGAUUCUCAUCCCGGCGAUGCGGAGAGUGUGGACAGCGACAGUGAUAGUUGGGGUCAUCCGUCUAGUAGUCCAGAAAAAGUUGAUGGAUUAAGUUUUGGUAUUCACAAUCCAGACGAACUGCCAAGGUCAGAGACUGACUUCCAGGUUAUAGCUUCUAGCUUUGGUUUGCUCAGUCCAGACAAGAUUCCUCCAGGAAUAGAAGAUGGAAUCUUAGAUCCAAGAAUGUUCUCGGAAAGAAAGUUAUUUAUAGACCCUGAUAUUAUAGAUUUAACCUUGUUACCACCUCCCACGUCACAUGACCAAGAUGAAACUAUGACAACCUGGCAGCCAUCACUUACCUCCAGUUUACCCAUUGGUUAUGAUGUACGGAAAGAUACUGAGAGCAAAAAGCCAUAUCAUCCCCCAUUAUUUGAGAGGUCAGCAAGCAUGGGAGACAAUCCAGAUUUCCUGGAUGAUGACAUUGAUUCAUUUAUCGCCUCCAUGAUGAUUCCACCUCCACCCGAUUCAUGCAUGACUGAUAAUUCUUCUCAUGACCUUGCAGACUCUUUGCAGUUUCAUUUUGAAGACGAGGAUUCCCAAAUGUAUAAUGGUGCUGAUUCAUUGAUCUCAUCCGACGAACUUUUGAAUUCCUUAGUGAUUCCUCCGCCACCUGGUGAGGUGUCAGAAUCUAUUGACGAAAUAAAAAUAGUCCCUCCGGUAGAUAGUGAAAUGUCAGACUCAAAACAUUCAGGUAUUACGAAAAAACGUUACACACAUAGAAGAUCUAGUUCUCUUGAUGUUUCUAGUCUUCGAUCAUUUAAUGAAUCAUUAACACAGUCUGAAUCAAAGACUGAAAGUAGUCCCAAGUCAUGUGAUAAAAAUAUUACUCCACCAAAAUCCUUACUGACUGCUCCAAAUCCUGUGAAGGAUUUUGAAUCGCCUGCAACUGUGUCAGAAAAACUGAAUAUUCUUCUUCAAUCCAUGCCAAGUUUUGGUAAUGUGUCAGAGAGUGAUAUGAAAUUUCGACGGACUUCAUCUUUACGUUUGGGAAAAAGUGCGUCAUUUGAAGUUCUUAAUUCACCACCAAAUGAACAGGAAGUGAUUCAAAGUAAGAAAGUUGCUAGAAGCAAUUCAUUUCAGGUGCUUUUAAAUGGUCAACAAAGUGUAAAGGGCAAAAAUGCUGAACUCCCCCCUAAGAAACCUGGACCUAUAUAUAUUUCACCAAAGAAAAAUAGACCUGCAGAUCCUGUGAAGAAAAACGAGGAAUCCAAAAGUCCAGAAAAAUCAGAAAACAAUUCAAAAUAUUCUCGCCAUUUGAGACGGACUCAUUCAUUUGACAUUAUACCGAAAAAGGACGAUGAUAAAUCUACUUCUGAUAAAUCAGGGGGAGAUAAUUUUGCAUCGCUGAAAGCAAAAUUAAAAUCUUAUCGUGAUUAUUUAUUGAGUAAAUCUGAUGAUACAAAACAGAGAAAAUCAUCUCUAACUUCAACAGAUAUAACUGCAGAAACAGAUAGCAGUGAAUCAAAUAGUCCUUUAAAACGUUCAAAUUCAUUUACAUUCAACUGGCUAAAACGUAGAUCUAACUCACUGGAUUCUUUAGAUACCAGAAAAAAUAAAGAAACUGAAAGUGGACAGUCAAAUUCAUCGAAGGAAACUGAAGAAAGUGCCAGGAAAGUUCCUCAGGUUUUAAGUACACUAACACUGCCAAGAUCAACAUUUAAACCUCAUUCCACGCUAUCAGUACAGUUACAGCAAAUCCUGGUAGAUUUAAAAUUUGAUUCAUGUGCGAGAAUCGGCAAUUGGCAUUAUACAUACCCCCUCGAUAAAAAGGGGACUGCAAUCACGAAUUCAAUUCACACGGAAGAGAGACAGAGAGCUGCACAAAAGAAAUCAGGUCCAAUGAAGGCUUUAUCAUCUGUUCUUUCAUCUGGUGAUAAAAAACACUCAAAGGACUCUGCUGAUUCAGAAUCCUCAAUUCCAGUUAAAGUUUCUAAUGGCAACAUCAAACAUGAGGACCAAAAUGAUCAAGAUCAGACAACAAGUGGAGUUCAAAGACCUAGAAGGAACUCACAAAGAAGAGGCAGUAAAGAUGAUAUUUCUGGUACAUACACUCCUAAAUCUAGUACUAAAGGAGACGUAAGUCCAUUUGGGACAUUAGGUAGUAAUAGUAGUAUAUGGCGCCCGAUGUCAAUGAGAGGCAAAAGUACAAUAAAAGACGAUUCAGAAGAAGCAAGGUCAUAUACAAACUUUGAUGCUCUUCGUGAUAUCACUGCCGGAAAAACUCCUCAGGGAACAGACAAAAAAGUGAUGAGAAAACCUCCACCUGUUCCAACGAUGAAUGCUGAAAGUAAGAAAUCAAGUGUUCAAACAUUAGUUCCGAAUGGUGAAAUGAGGCAAAGAAAAGGCUCAUUUUCAGAGGAAAGUUUUGCAAUUGUUAGUGACAGAAUUAGUGUUAGCCAUUCAGACUCAGUGAAAUUUAUCUUAGAAAAGACAUAUAGCAUUAGUGACUUUGAAGAAGCCACUCGUGAUGCCGAGAGGCUUCUGUCAGAACUUAAACAAACUCUUGAGACAUUAAAAGAUUCAAGAAUUGACCGUCGUCCGAAACAGUUUGGAAUGUGCAAAGAGGAACUUAAUAACAGAGUCAAACAAUUUGUUUACGAUGCAAAAUUUCUUGUCAGUAAUGCAACACAGACUAAAGAAAAAUUAGCAGAAAAUCUAAACACUUGUAUGCAUACAUUAGCAAAAGUCUUCCUUCACGCUCAGGCAACCAUGAUCAUGAUGGUUGCAGUUCACCAAGCACAGCAGCUCGGUUUUGAGGUCAUUAAGGUCACUAACUCAUUUAAAAGUACAGUCAAUGCUGCCCAGGCAGCCUGCGGAAAGCCAUUGUCUGAUCCUCAUAUGCGUUACUUAAUGAGACAGGCAACCAGUUUAGCGACGCUGCUGAGUAGUCUGUUAAAACAUUUAAAAACAUUAGAACAGAAUUAGAUUUAUUAUGUCUGUUGUUUAUUGAAAUUUUAUAUAAAGUCCCAAAUAUUUAUUAAUGUGUAACCAAAAAUCCAUACUCCAAAAGUAAGUUUGAAUUAAGGGAAGUUAAUUCAAAUAAAAAAAACUCUUGCAGCUGUUCUAUAUAAACAUACAUGGGACUUGGGGAAAGCUAUGGAUGGGUGUCAAAUACUUUUUGCACAGUGAAAAUGUACAGAUAAGUGAAACUCUAAAGGUGGUUGCCUCAUUUUCAAAGUACGUUCCCUGGGUACCAUUUAUGUAUUAAUGGAACAGCCCUUAUUUGAAAUAGACAGGUAUAUUGAUAUACAUGUAUUUACAAUUUUUAUAGAAUUGCAAUAUAUAGUAAAAGUUCUUUGAAAUAAAAGAGGAAUAAAUAAUCAGCAAAGAAAUUUUUGAAAAUAUUGAUUAAAAAAUUUUACAUUUGAAAUUUGCAGAAAGAAGUGAAAUAAUUUUACUGUAUUAAUUUUUUUGAAAUCAUGACGUCAUAAUUAUGCGAUUCGUAUCAACUUGCCAAUUUGAUAUCAUUUAUACAGAUGAUUUGUUCCCCGUUCCUAAUAUAUAUAUAUAUAUAGAUCCAUUGAUAACUUUGGUCCUACAUUUAAAUGCGAACAAAUAUUAGAUCUAAAGAUGAUGAUUAAUGGAUAUUGAAAAAUCUUUUUAUACAUGUACUGCUGCUUCACCCCCCUUAAAAUUUUUGAAAAUAAUUUUGUUUUAUUUGACAUUUCGACUGACACUAUUUGAAAUUUGUCAGUCCGAAAUACAUUUCUAUCCUAUAAUUUGAUUGAAAAUUAACUCAAAUUUGUCAUACAUUUGAAUAUUUUUCAGUCAAUUAAUCCUUUUUUGACCGACACUUUUCAAGAACUCUGCCCCCUUCUCUCCCCCCAAAAUAUAGGACCUCAGUUAUGCAUUAAGCAUAUAUUGUUUAUGUUAUCUACUGCUUUAUUUUCUUGAGGGAUCUGAUGCUUACAUAAAUUGUUCUGUGAUAAAUGUUUUUUGUUAUUUGUUUGUUUUUUUGUAAGUUUUAUAUAUAAAUAUCUUUAUCGUUUCAUAUUUUUUGUCCACAUUCCAUAUUUAUUACAUAUUAUUUACAUUCCACAAUAAGUACAAAAAAUUGUAAAUACAAACUGUAUAGUAUAGUGUAUUGUAUGUUUCCAUGACAACCAUUAUAAUGUUAAAUUAUAGCUUUAAUAUAUCAAAAUAUUUAAAAUGAGUUGAUUUAUCGUGAAAGUUUAUAUUUAUUCACAGUUAUCAAAUUUGGUGGGAGAAAACUAAGACCAAUAAAAAUAAAUUUUUAUGAACACUUAUAUUUUCCCAAACAUAAUACCAAUUUUUUUUUACGAUUGACACUUUCACGCUUUUGAAUAUUUGGUCAGAAUUUUAAAAUGAUUCUUUAGAAAAGUAUUUUAUCUUUGAAUAAAUUCCGGGAUAAAAUUCCGUCUCUAAAACCAUCAAUCUUGUUAAAAUAGUCGUUAAGAUAAUAUAAGGGUACAAAAUUUACACUUUUGUAUAACAAUCAUGAUCUUUCUUAUGCUUUUUAUAUCAAUCUUAAUGGUUAUAUUGUUCAAGCUUUAAACUGAUCUUGUCUGAAAGUGGGUUUUGAUGAGGGGAUUAACUAUACAACAAUAAAAGUGUUCGUGAAUAUACAUGUUGAGUCAGUGAAUCAACAUUUGUGUACUACACUGUGAUUUGAUGGUUUAAACAGGUACGUUUAAAAUUACACCUGUACACGACGUUUGGCACCAUUACAAAAACGAUUAUCAACAGUAAAUGUUGACUGAUUAUUUUAUUGGUAGAAAACAUAACCAAUUAAAAUUGGAGAAGUGCAUCUUUUUUUAGGUCUAAGUCUGAUAAAUGAGUAAUUAGGAUUUUGCAAUACUAAAUGGAGCUUUUUAUAGGUUAUCGUAUAAACUAGACAUAAAAAAAGGAGAUAAAUAUGUAUCAACUGACUAAAUGACAGGCAGCUCUUUUCACAAAAAAUAUAAGUGAAAAUAUACUCUGUAUACUGAAGCAUGGAAAUUUUCCAGGGGUUGGGCCUACUUAUUUAUUCACUAUUUCAUUAAGCUUGUUUUUGGCAUAAGGGUUAAAUUCACACAUUUGACAUUUUCAAAAAAAUGUUCAGUUUUUAUCAGAUAUUUCAUAUUGGAGAUAUUUUUUCCGCAUAUUUUUACCGAUCACAAAAAUUUCCUCAUUUACAGUGAAUUAAGGAUGUUUGCUCCUCUUAUUUUUGAAUUUUUGCCAGAUAUUUGGAAUUCUCGGGUUUUAUCCGUGUAGUGUCAUUACAAAUUUUGCCCACUAACCCCUGCUUUUCUUUCCAUAAUUUGAUUACAUAUAGUUUUAAAUGUCAUCUUUGAAAAAUUUAUAAAAUCUUUAUUAUUUUUUAAUCGUUUUUGAAAGAAAAAAGGUGCCAAUGUUAAAUGUAUAAAAAAUCUAGAGAGAAUUAUUUCCCGCCAAAUUUGCAAUGGCUUAUAUCAAGAAAACAAGCACACGGACCCUUUAUUUUUUUUUUUUCCUUUUUUAGGUUCUUUAUUUAUGUACUAUCAAUUUAUAACAGUCUUUUAAAAAGCUUGUUAUUCUAAAACAGAGUAGCGAAUAUCCUUAACAUAUUUCAGUAAAGGUGAAGAUCAGUUUCAGUCGUAAGAUAUUUUGUGAAAUGGGUUGCCAAAAUUUUGUAAGCUGAAUUUAUCAAUUGAAAUGAAAUCCUAAGGUACUAUGGUAGUAUUACAUUUAAUGUCUCAAUAUGUUUACUGGUGAAUUUCUUUUCUGAAGUCUUUUGAUUAACUAUGCCAAAGGAAAAAUGUGUGUGUUACUUUUUUAAAAGUGAGCUUGCAAUAACUGUCUCUAAACAGCAUAAUUAUGCUUAAUACACAUUUAUUGAAAAAAAAAGUUUCUAAAUCCCAAACCAAAGACAUUUUUACAUGCUGUUGUUUUAAUUUAGAAAGCUUAAUAUACAUAAAUGAUGCUGAAAGUGUUACAUAGAUAUUCCAUUUAAAGUAAAUCCUAGACACCUUUUCUAACUAGAGAAUUUUUAUACACCAAAUGUCUUUGGCAUAUUUAAAGUGUAAUAAAUCUUGCCAAGAAAAAAAAGCUAUGCAUUUUUUGGAUGUAACUAGAAUUUUGCUUGAAAAGUUUAGCUCUAGAAAGCUGUGAAUAUAUUGCUUCUGUUUUGAUGUUAUAUGUAGCAUAUUAUUUUGGUGGAUGCAAAAUUUUGAAAUUUUUCACACUCGUGUGAAAAGAUUUUUUUAAUUUUAAAUGGACCAAAUUUUUCAAAGUGAUUACGAAAAUGUCAUAUUUAAUAAACAAAAAAAAGUCCCCUAAGACCUUAUGCUGUAAAAGGCACCAUCUUUUCUUCCGGAUUUUUUUAAAAAGUUUUUUUGGAGACUCGGAUCAUUAAUGGUUGGUUUAGAGGCUAUAAAUUGUAAAGGGCAAAGGUCCAAAAUAAAAAAAAAGAUCCAAAAUGGAAAAUUUGCACUCCACCAAAAUUGUCUGCUAUGCAGUUCAAGUAAUGAUCUGUGCCAAAAAAUAACUUGAAAUAUAAUACUCGGUGAAAUACUGUUAUUGUUACACUGCUGAUAUCAAUCAAAUUAUUGUUUUGUUAAAAUUAUCUCCCCUUAAAGAGUUACUUCCCUUUGAAAGUGUGACAAUUUUGUCUGUUCAGAUCUAGACUGCGCAUGGAAUUGAACAUAAUUAAUUUUAUAUUUGAAAAUCUGACAAGUGGCUGAGAACAAAAGUUCUUGUUUGUCUCUGUGAUAUAUCUGGAUUUGGUUGAAAGUUUUAAGUGUAAAAUUUGAAGGGAAGUAACUCUUGUUUACAGAAUCUAUUAAACAGAGAUUUUUAUUUCAUAAUAUGAAAAAAUAUUUAUGCUAUAUAACGAAGUUGUACUAAUUUAUUAAUUAUUCCCCUGCAUAAUUAACAAAAAGAGUAAAAAAAGGUAUAAAAUAUGAAAAUAAAUCAGAACUUUUUGGGCAUACUAAUGCAUAAAUGCUUACAGAAGGUGGUUUUAAACAUAUUUUAUGGUAAUUAUUCUGUAUCUUUAUGUAUCUUUACAUCUGCUCAAUCCAUGUACCCUAUUUACUUACAUUCUGACAGUGAAACAUAUCAAAACGAAACUCUGUUAUGUAUAAUCCAGAAAAUAUUAUGAAUGGGUUUUAUUUUGGUCAAUUUACUAUUAAAACAAUAACCUUUCUUAAAAGAUGUUAUAGAAAUGUUAGCUUAUAUCGAAAUCUUCUUUAAUCAUUAAAGUUAAAAAAAAUAUCCAAUACAAGAAAAUUUUUGAUUAACCAUAUUAUCCUGCUUAAUGAUAACUUAAUACUGAGGUUCAAUAGCAAGUUAUGUAAACGGAUGAAUAUGUGAAACUUUUAACGUUUUCUUAAAGUUUUCAUGAAAGUUUUGAUUUAUAAAUGUUUCACUGUAUUUAUCAUUGUUUAUAAACCUUUAUAGUUGUGAUAUAUAAUAUCUGUAUGAUAAAUUGUGAUAUAUAUAUGUAAAGAAAUGUAUGGUACAUAAUUAUUUGCAAUAUACACUUGUUAAAAGUUACCUCAUAUAAAUGGUAUACAAAGAUUUGUAUGAUCAUAACACAAUUAAAUGUGUUAAGUUUUAUAUGA